AAGUGGGUGUGGUUUUGUACGAUGUACCGGAAGUAGGAGUGUAGAGGCGGCCUGUCAGGGGAGGAGAGGCCGGAGGAAGAGGAGCUGAGCCCCGGGGGGAGGAGAGGAGGCGAGGGGCCGCCAUGGAAGACAAGAAGGUGGGCACAGAGGCGGUGAAGGUGGAGUCCCCGGACGAGGUGCCUCUGAAGAGCGAGCCGCAGAUGGACGCGGCGGCCGUUGUGAUGGGGGACCCCAUGGACUGCCUGGUGGAUUAUCACUUGGGAACGCAGCUGACGGUGGAGCGGGAGAUCCAGAUCGGGGACGGUGCCCCGCCGCGUUUGGACUACGACGCGCUCUUCCCACCUAAAAAGAACGCCAAGCCGCGGCAGAGGAGAGCGUCGGGCGAGCGGAACUUCACCUGCGGGCAGUGCGGCAAAUGCUUCCUGCGCAGCGCGGACCUGGCCAAACACGAGAAGGCGCACGCCGGGGAGAAGAGCUACGCCUGCAGCAUCUGCGGGAAGAACUUUCGCAGGCACACCUCUCUCCUGAUCCACGCCCGGAUUCACACCGGGGAGCGCCCGUAUCAGUGCACGCAGUGCGGGAAAAGCUUCGUACAGCGGCAGCACCUCACCACCCACCAACGCACGCACACCGGAGAGAAGCCUUUCCAGUGUAUAGAGUGCGGCAAGGGAUUCCGCUGGAGGUCUGAGCUCCUCAAACAUCAGAAGAACCACGCUGACAAGUCCUCGGUGGGCUUCGAUGACCUGGCGGCCUCGUUCUCUAAGGAGGAAUGGAUGGAGCUGGAGGAAUGGCAGAAGGAGCUGUACAGGAAUGUGAUGAAGGAGACCUCGGAGACGCUCAUCUCGCUCGGUGAGGGACUGGUAGAGAAAGCCAUCGGUGAGAAGACCUCGGCAGAGGCGGCCGGCGCUCCCGUCCUGGGUGCCGAUUGUACGGAUAACCUCCCGCUCUGCGCCGAGGAAGCGGCGGGUGGAGGGGAAGUGCCGCCGGCUCAGUCGCUGGACGUGGCUGAGGGGAAGCCGCCAUCUUUUCCGGAGGGAGCGGAUAAGAUCCGGAUGAAGUUCCUGGGCGGCUCGGAAGCCGGUAACGCCCAGCGGCCGCACGCCUGCGCGGAAUGCAGCAAGGUCUUUUACAGCAAGCGAACGUUGAAGGCCCACCUGCAGGCCCACCUCGGAGAGCGAUCGUACAUUUGUAACGUGUGCGGGAAGUGUUUCCGGCGGCACACCUCGCUGCUUAUUCACGAACGCAUUCACACCGGGGAGAGGCCCUAUCACUGCGCGCAGUGCGGCAAGAGCUUCAUACAGAGGCAGCACCUGAGCACCCACCAGAAGACCCACACAGGAGAGAAGCCUUUCCAGUGCACUGACUGCAAGAAAGGCUUCCGAUGGCGCUCCGAGCUGCUGAAACACCAGAAGGUUCACCAGGAAGAGGUCUCGGAAGCUUUGGUGAAGGAAGAACCGGGAGAUUCGAAUUGCUGUGUGAAGGCUGAAGAAUCGAACACAGGAGACUCCGGCCAUCACUCCAAGACGCCUCAACCCAAGAGAUGUUUAACCAAGAAGCGACCGGCGCGUAACACCAAAGCGGAGAAGGCCCACGCCUGCGCGGAGUGCGGCAAGAUAUUUUACAACAAGCGGACGUUAAAGGCGCACCUGCGCGCUCACCUGGGCGAGCGCUCGUUCAUCUGUAACGUGUGCGGGAAGUGUUUCCGCAGGCACACCGCGCUGCUCAUCCACGAGCGGAUUCACACGGGAGAACGGCCGUACAAAUGUGCGCAGUGCGGGAAGAGCUUCAUACAGCAGCAACACCUGACCACCCACAAGAAGACCCACACCGGGGACAAACCGUUUCCCUGCGAUGUCUGCGGGAACAGUUAUCGCUGGAGGUCUGAACUCACCAAACAUCAGAGGGUGCACCAGGACCAGAACUCGGCGAAAUCUUCUUCUGAGGACGGGCAGAAAGAUGUCGCAGUAAAAAGGCGCUUCAAGCGCGAAGGUCAAGGCAGCACGCUGGGCACCCUGGAGAGGGGCAAGGCUCUGGGCAAGCGGGCCAGGCUGCUGUUGCGGCAGCGGGCGCAGAAAACGGAGCGCAGCCAUUCCUGCGCGGAGUGCGGCAAGAGCUUCCUGAAUAAGAGGACGCUGCGCACCCACCAGCGGGUGCACACGGACGAGCGCUCCUACAUCUGUAACGUGUGCGGGAAGAGCUUCCGGAGGCACACCUCGCUGCUCAUCCACGAGCGCAUUCACACCGGGGAACGGCCGUACCAGUGCGCCCAGUGCGGGAAGAGCUUCGUACAGCGCCAGCACCUCACCACCCACCUGAAGACCCACACCGGGGAGAAGCCUUUUCAGUGUGCGCAGUGCGGGAAGGGAUUCCGCUGGCGUUCCGAGUUACUGAAACAUCAAAAGGUGCAUGAAGAGUCUCUGCUCUCCAAGACGGAUGUCGGCUGUAAGAUGGAGAAGGAGAAUUUCUUUGAGGACGAUUGGAAAGCCAUCAAUGGUGGUCAGAGCGCACACCGGGAAGCCAACGGGGUUGGGAACGCCACGGAUAAGAACCCGAGUGGCGACCCCGAGAGCUCCUUCCCGUGUACUCAGUGUGAGAAGACCUUCCUUCACAGUCAGGACCUGGUGAGACAUCAGCGCAGCCACCUCGGGGAGCGACCCUACGUGUGCAACCAGUGCGGGAAGUGCUUCCGCCGCAACACCUCCCUGCUCAUCCACGAGCGCAUUCACACCGGGGAACGGCCGUACCAGUGCGCCCAGUGCGGGAAGAGCUUCGUACAGCGCCAGCACCUCACCACCCACCUGAAGACCCACACCGGGGAGAAACCCUUCCCGUGUACGCUCUGCGGGAAGAGCUAUCGCUGGAGGUCCGAGCUGCUCAAACACCAGAGAGUGCACAGUGCUGGAGAGGCGCCGGUGUCGUUUGAUGACGUGGCGGUCUGUUUCUCAGACGAGUGGAAGGAUCUGGAGGAAUGGCAGAAGGAGCUGUACCGGAAUAUGCUGAAGGACAGCGCCGACUCCCUCAUAUCACUGGCAGGUGAAGUGUGGAUUAAUAAGAACGGGAAGGAAAUGGCUCCAGAGAGGCCCCCCGGAGAGCUGGCGCUUUCCACGGACUCUAAGGAUCACAUUCCUCUUGGCGGCGAGUUGAAUCAUGCCGGUGUUCCGCUAGAAUCCAGAGACUUCCCCGGGCAGAGUGUUCUGGGGGCGGAGCCUCACACUUCCACCGACCCUCUCCGCGGCUUCCGGCACAGCCUGCCCUUCUUGGACCACCGCAGAGCCCCUCGGGAGAAGCUCUUCUCCUGUAACGAGUGCGAGAAGCGAUUCGCACGAAGCUCAGACUUGCUGAAACAUCAACGCAGCCACCAGGCCGGUGAGAAGCCUAACCUGUGCAACGAAUGCGGCAAAGUCUUCCGUCGCCGAACGGCCUUAAUCAUCCACAAGCGCAUUCAUACGGGGGAGCGGCCUUACAAGUGCAAACAGUGCGGCAAAUGCUUUGUUCAGCGGCAGCACCUCACCACCCACGUCAAGACGCACACGGGGGAGCGGCCUUACCCGUGCAACGAGUGCGGCAAGAGUUACCGCUGGAGGUCCGAGCUCCUCAAACACCAGAAGGUCCACGCUGAUGUGCUGGGGCCGUCCGUGGUGUAUACGCAAGGAUGAGGUGUGACGUGCCGAUAUGAAGGGAGAUGGACCAUAGUGGGAGACGUCUGUGUAUUGUGCUCACCCACGGCUACACUAGAGGAGGGCCCCAGACACUGCAUGGGCACUUCAGUGGGAAGAACGGUCACCUCAGUCUGACCAUUUCUGGUCAGGUCUGGUUUUUAAUUGUUAUUACUUGAGGGAACAUAACGGGCAAGACAGCACAUCGACCAUCCCAGGAGAUGGGAACACAAGGCUAAAUGCACGGACUGUAGUACAUUGAGUGUGAUAAUGGGCUAUGGGUUGGGUUUGGCGUGAGGACAAUCUCUAUUACGUUUUCAGAUGAUUGGCUCUCUUGCCAAAUCCUGACUAUGUGCUGACUUUGUGUCAUGGGCAGAUAAUAUCUGUGUCUACGUUGUGAUCCAUGAGCCUGUGCUGGGGAUGACGUGAGCAACACCCCAAGAAAGAAGCGAUCGCUGCCCCUGGAGUGUACCCAGUGUGUGAGGAAUACUCUGAGAAGGAAGCUCUCGCUGCCCCUGGAUUGUACCCAGUGUGUGAGGAACACCUCAAGAAGGAAGCUCUCACUGCCCCUGGAGUGCACCCAGUGUGUGAGGAACACCCCAAGAAAGAAGCUCUCGCUGCCCCUGGAGUGUACCCAGUGUGUGAGGAACACCCCAAGAAGGAAGCUCUCGCUGCCCCUGGAGUGUACCUAGUGUGUGAGGAACACCCCAAGAAGGAAGCGCUCGCUGCCCCUCGAGUGUACCCAGUGUAUGAGGAACACCCCAAGAAGGAAGCACUCGCUGCCCCUGGAGUGUACCCAGUGUGUGAGGAACACUCUGAGAAGGAAGCUCUCGCUGCCCCUGGAGUGUACCUAGUGUGUGAGCAACACCUCAAGAAGGAAGCACUCGCUGCCCCUGGAGUGUACCCAGUGUGUGAGCAACACCCCGAAAAGGAAACGCUCUCUGCCCCUGGAGUGUACCCAGUUUGUGAGCAACACCCCCGAGAAGAAAGCGCUCGCUGCCCCUGGAAUGGACCCAAUGUGUGAGCAACGCUCUAAGAAGUAAGCGCUCGCUGCCCCUGGAAUGGACCCAAUGUGUGAGCAACGCUCGAAGAAGGAAGCGCUCGCUCGCCCCUGGAAUGGACCCACACUUCUCUGGCCUCUAAUGUUGAGGUCGCAUAUCUGGCACAUUUUAUGCAUUCGGACUGCUGCUCCCGACUUCUCCCUGGGUCUGCAAUUUGGGCGUCUGAUGGACCCUCCUGUUAUCCUGCAUUGGUGCUGUUACCCCCCCCCCCCCCCCCC